ACGAUUCUCGUUUUCAGUUUUGGUCUGUUUUCUCUCACUUUUCUCAUUUCUGCGUUUACAUUUCCGGUUUUUCCUUUUUUUCUCGAGAAAUUAUUACGGUAUUCGAAUUUUUUCUGCAGCUUCGAUUGACACAUCUCAAAUCCUUCCUGCAGGGAUGCAGCCAAGCUAGCUAACAACAUUAGCAUCGCUGCCAUCGCAUGAUUUCGGCUGACAGUAGAUUCUGCGAAGAUAAUAGUUUUUCGCUUGGGCGGCCCGCGUCUGCCUUCUCUUCCAGCCUUCCUCCAGCAUGCGCGCCACCGUCCAGCGUGUUCUGCACGCCUCCGUGCGCCGCGCGGCCCCCUCCGGGGCAUCCACCCCCGUGGAGCAGGGCGACGGGGAAAACGUCCAAGGUCCGACCAUCAACAGCAUCGGUCCGGGGCUCCUCGUUCUCCUGGGCAUCCACCGCGACGACAAGGACGCCGAUCUGGAGUGGAUGGUCAAGAAGCUGCUGACGCUCAAGGUCUUCAACGAUGACAAUAAUGCCAGGUGGAAAUUAUCUGUGAUGGAUUUGGGACUGGAAAUCCUGUGCAUCAGCCAGUUCACCUUAUACGGCCGGACGAAUAAAGGCCCGAAGCCGGAUUUCCACCUGUCCAUGCUGGGACCGGAGAGUCAACCCUUUUAUGAACGCUUUCUGCAGCGCAUGGGGGAAAUGUACGAUGCGGGGAAGAUCCAGAAGGGAUUUUUCGGUGAGCGGAUGAUUAUCGACAGCCAGAUGGACGGGCCCGUCACCAUCGUCCUGGAUUCCCCGCAAAAGGACUCCCUCCCGAAACCGGUCAUCCAGAAACAACCCAAAAUGAAUAAGACAGGGAAAAAUGUGGAAAACGGACCGACGGAGGCUGUGGAAAAGGAUGGGAAAGAUUUUUCGGAUGAUGUUAAAAGGAGUCCAGAGUCCACAGAAAUAUUAAAAUAAUAAUAAAUAUUUUUUUAAAGAAUUAUUUUUGCGCUCCGGAGUCGAUGUUCCAGUUUUUUUUAAAAAACUUUUUUAUCUGAUUUAUUAAUUGGGGAUCGAUGCGCGUAAUGUGUCAAGCGUGGUGAAUUCCGCAUUUGCAAACGCGGUGGCAGAUAAGAAGCACCUUUUCUGAAGAUUUCCUUAUAUCUGAAAUAAUGUACG